UACUCGUGAAUUGUUCACUUCUCCGUCACAAAAUUUAUUUUAUUUUAUUUUUGCUGUAAGCACAGAAAAGUCGUAACUUUCACUCGGUAUGAAAGUUAAUCGAUCGUUUUCUGAUGGAUGGGUGUAGCUGCGGUUCAGCCAUGCAUCGAUAUGACUUAAUAACUUGACUUAAAAAAAAAAACUUUAUUUCUUUUAAACAUGGAUUUGUAUUGACCUCUCAGUCUUUAUCGAAAUGGACAGCCCGUUUCUCCUUUAUUUAAUCUUAGUAGGACUGCUUAAGAAAGGUGUGGAGACGCAUGAAGAGACACAAGAACAGAAGACAGCAGAUGUGACUCUAUCAGUGAUGGAGGGAGAAACUGUGACUUUAGAAUCUGGUGUUACUAACAUACAAAGAAAUGAUCUGACAGUUUGGACAUUUGGAGACACUCGCAUAGCUCUGAUGAAUAAAGAACCUGGCAAGAACUCGUUAUUUGCUGGUGAUGAUGAGAUGUUUCGAGACAAGCUACAUCUGAACAAUCAGACUGGAGAUCUCACCAUUACAAACAUCAGAACUGAACACACUGGAUUUUAUCAACUGCAGAUUCUCAGCACUGGGGAUUUUUUCAGAAAAUUCCUGGUUCAUGUCAACGCUCCCCUCCCAGUUCCUGUCAUCACCAGAGACUCUUCAUCUUUAAGCUCAAAAUGUGUGUUGUUGUGUUCAGUGAUGAAUGUGUCACAUGCGAGUCUCUCCUGGUACAAAGAAAACAGUUUAUUGUCCAGCAUCAGUGUGUCUGAACACAUUGACAGCAGCAUCUCUCUACAUCUGGAGUGUCUGGAUGAUUCUUACACAUGUGUGCUGAACAAUCGCAUCACAAACCAGACUCAACAUCUCAACACUGAUGACUGUCACAAGUGUUCAGCACACAGCGUACACCCAGGACUUAUAGCACUGAUUGCUGUAUUGUGUGCUUGUGUCCUGGUGGGAGUAACUGCUGCUAUGAUACGAUUGUACUGUCAACGCAAGUCAAAAGAAAAACCCAAGCAAAACAACCAACCUGUUGAAGAGGAGCUACGUACGCUAACUAAUGGUUCAAUCCUCAGGACAGCUCCUGGGCCAAUUUAUGUUGAAACAUUUUUGGAUGAAAUUGAUCAUCGAAGCGAUGACCAAAGGAAAAGGUCUACCUGUGAAAAUUGCUCAAGACACAGUUCAAUUCGUUUCAUGGAUGAUGAUAAGUCAGAUGAUGGUCUGUAUCCUGAGGAACAAAAUGAUCAUUUCGAGGAUGACGUAAUGACAAGACUAUCUGUGGAAGAGGGACACACUGUCACGCUACCCACUUUUAUUGCUUCAAUUGAGGAUGUUGACUUCAAAUGGAAGUUUGCUGAAUCCAAAGCAACCGGUCACAGUAUUAAAUUCAAAGUCAUAGUUGAAAGGACGAGAGAAAAUGAUGGCGAAAUCUCAUUUAGUACUGGGAGAUUCCAAAACAGACUCCAGCUAGACAAUCACACCGGAUCUCUGACCCUCACAGACUUCACAGCUCAAGACGUUGGAUAUUAUAAACUAUGGAUCCCCAGCAAGAGGAUUUCGAAGACGUUCGAUGUUACUAAAAAAGUGCUGACGCUCCAGAGAAGAAAUACUUUCAAUUUAUAACAAGAGGAGCCCUCAAUUAAACUAGAAUAUAACACUCCAAAGGACAGGACACAUAAGCUUCAUUUAUACAGUCUGUUGACAGUUUGGGAUUGAGAACAAUAUGUGACCCUGGACAACAAAACCAGUCUUAUGGGUCAAUUUUUCGAAAUUGAGAUUUUUACAUAAUCUGAAAGCUGAAUAAAUAAGCUUUCUAUUGAUAUAUGAGUUGUUAGAAUAGGACAAUAUCUGGCUGAGAUACAACGGUUUAAAACUCGGGAAUCUGAGAGCGCAAAAAAAUCAAAAUAUUGAGAAAAUUGCCUUUGAAGUUGUUAAUCAGGGGCACUGUGGCAGACCAUCCACUCACAAAAAUAAAGUUUUUAUAUAUUUAAGGUAGGAAAUUUACAAAAUAUCUUCAUGGAACAUGAUCUUUACUUAAUAUCCUAAUGAUUUUUGGCAUAAAAGAAAAAUCGAUAAUUUUGACCCACACAAUGUAUUUUUGUCUUUUACUAAAAAUGUUCCCGUGCUACUUAAGACUGGUUUUGUGAUCCAGGGUCACAUAUGUGUCAGAUUUAACAACACUGCCACAAACAACUUGCAUGCUGUGAAUGCAUCAUUUGUAAUGAACAAAAACCGCAUGUUUACCUCAUUUAAAAGAAUUAAGGAGUCUAAAUAAACACUGUUAUGCAGUUGACAGUUAUAUGUAUUGACAGUUUGGAGUUUUAAGUAGUAAGAAGAUUAAUAGAUUCAAUGUUUAAAAUGUAUCAUUUUGUCACAUUAGAUUUUUAGAAAAUUGUUUAUAAUAGAAUUGCAAAAAUAAGUCAAAACACAUUUUGAGCCUCAUGUCAGGCUGCCAAGGAAACCUGCUGCCUUAAACAAAAAGAACAUUUCACAUGAUGUAAACUGGAGAAAAUAAAUGAGUACGGGGGGGGUGACAGUAAGUGCUAAAACUAAAAGCAUUUUAAUUAAGUUAUGAAUGUUCUGUUGGUUGUUUGUUUGAAAUGUUUCUAUAGUGUUAAAAAAUGAAACCGAGAUUGGUUUUGGACCAGUGUUGUUUACAAAACGGCCUAUACUUUAUAAAACUUGUCUGUGUUGUACAGUAGUAUUUUCUCAAUGUAUCCAAGUGUCUGAUGCCAAACUUCUCUGUAGCUCAGUGGUUGGAGCAUGACCCUAGCAACGCCAAGGUCAUGGGUUCGAUCCCAGGGAAUGCACAUACUACAUGAUAGUAUCAUGCAAUGCAAGUCACUUGGGAUAAAAGCGUCUGCCAAAUAUGUAAAUUUGAUGCUUAUUUUUAAUAAAUCCUUAUUUUAGUAGGAAA